AUGUAUGCCUUAUUUCGAGAAGCUAUGUAUUUGGUCGAAAAUGGAUACGCUACUAUGGAAGAUGUCGAUCGAGCAUGUCGCAAUGGUGUCGGUAGUUUUAUCACUUUUGUCGGGUGUUUUCGAUGGAUGGAUUUAACUGGCGUUCCAGCUUAUCAUGCUGUAAUAAAAGAUUUAUUUCCAACGCUUUGCAACAGAACAGAUGUACCAAAAUUGAUUGACGAUGUCGUGAAAUCAGGUGGACAAGGUAUAUCAAAUGGUAACGGCAUUUAUCAAUAUUCACCGGAAGAAGCUCACCUGUGGCAACAGAUACAUCAAGAAUUCAGUUACGAUAAUCUUCAGCUGGCACUCAAGUAUCCAAAUAAUUUGGUCACAAAGAAACUAGAACUAAAAGACAAAGAAAAGUCGAAUUCGGACAUUGUGCCCUAG